UCGUGCCUUUGUUUGCAGACCGAAGCGUUGAGAUUCCCGAAUGGAGCGGGACGCUGUACCGGAACCGAUCACUGAGAAUACAAGAAGCUCCCAUGACAUUGAAGAUGUUCGCUCCUACAAGCGCGGACAGCCAGCGCCGCCUAUUCGACCUCGAUAAUAACACCGGCCAGUUCAGGGCGAGAUACUCCGGUCUAUACCACAUAUAUGCACAUGCCCAGUUUCGAACAGGGCGGAACAAAGGCAUUGUGCUCCUGCACAGAAGCCCCAGCGGCUUCGAGUUACUGGGAACUCUUACCUGUCCACCGCACGACCAAGCUCUGCACAGUCAGUUCAUCCAGCAGCCUUGUGUGCUGGCCGGUACUAUGACACUCAAGGCGGACGACACCGUGGAGGUUCAGCUGCUCGACUCCCAGACGACCCUCGGGGUAAAGAACACGGAACUAUACAUGGGCGCCGUGCUCAUACGGCCUGAAACGGGCUCCGUGAACGGGUUGCACCUGCAGGCUUUCUCUACAUGACGUCUGUGUGGCCUUGUAUAUAUGCGAAGCAUUGUUGAGUAUGUAGUGGAAUGAAAAACAAUAAAAUCUUGGGACCUCAUAAAUUAGAUUAAUUAAAUUGUGCUCUCAGUAUGUCAUAUAAAUCAAAGAGAUGUAUAUUCACGGAAAAGACAAAGUUUUAAGAAAACACUGUUGUGGAUAAGCGUAUUAAAAAGAAUACGGCUACUAAAAUUGGCCAUACCUAGGCUCGUAUGUAUGACGUAGUGAAUAUAACAGUAAAUGAAUUAACUUUUUGGGUAACUCUUGUUGAUGUUACUGCAUGUAUA